AUGACUAUUUUUAAAGAAAGUUUAAAUUCGAACGACUUGAAUGAAACUUUGUCAAGAAUAAAAGGAAAAAAAGGUGUAGUUGGAAUUAUUAUUUUAAAAUCUGACAACAUGACACCUUUAAUAUCGACAUUUGAUAAGAAGACAUCAAGAAGCUAUACGGAUUGUAUUAAGGAGAUUGUAAAGUGCGCAAAUGUAUUUGGUGUACAAGGAUCAAAUAACGUUCAGUUAAUUAGACUUCAUUUUAAAAGUCAAAUUGUUCUAAUUGCUCCAGAUAAAAAUUUUACAUUUCUAGCGGUCCAAGAUACAGUUAUUUAA